GAUGAUAGCGUAAGACCUAGAGAAUUUCUCAGAACAGAUUCCAGAGAUGGAAUAGAAGCCAUACUUACAGAUCGUCAGGGCCAUUCGUUGCAUGAAUUUAUUGAUGGAGAUGAACCACUUCGUUCCAUUAUUGAUUUUGAUUUACCAAGAGAAAAAUUUGAUAAUAUCGAACUCAAGCUUACACCUAAAGAGAUAAAAAAUACACUUUAUAAUGCUUUUAUAAAAACUUGUUUGGAUGUAUUUCCAGAAUGGGACAAAACUACUAUUACUAUUGCCAGUAGUAGUGAUUCAAAAAAAAAGUUUUAUCAUAUCUCAACAUUUGGAAUGCGUCUUAAGAAUAUUGCCAAAGUUGCAGUAUUUACCGAACUUGUUCGUAAAAAACUUCCAGUGAGUUUACAAGACAAAGAAAUUGUUGACAAUAUCACAAAUAAAAGAUCAUUUUUAUUACGAAUACUUGGAACACCAAAAUUUAUUGAAAAGAUGAGAGGACACGUACAUGUAAAGAAUGUAUUAGGUUCCAAAAAUAUGAAUGUUUUUGAUUUUAUGCUUCGUCCUCCUAAUGAUGAAGCACUAGUUAUAGAUAGCCCGAUCUUAGAAAUCCCAAAAGAAAUAGUAAAAAAUAGUAAAGCAGAUAAUAGGAGCAUUGGAGCUGAAGUCAAUUAUAUAGAGAAACUACUCAAUAUAAUGAAUAUCGAAGGUUUUGAUGUUUUAUACCCAAAUCCCAUGUCUCCAGAUAUAUUCACUUUAAGACACGUAUCGCUUUAUUGUCAUCGUGCAGAUCAAGAAACACCUAACAGUACAAAAAAACCUUUAUUAAAACUCAUCAUUAGUGAAACAGCUGAAAAGCAAGAAAAAAGACUUCCAGCUCCAGAAAAAAUAGAGCAACCAAGAAUUUUAGAUCUAAAUGACCAUUUUGUAUGGAGGAACUUAAUUGAUAUGUGUAUUUCCAAGCAAAGUUAUACACGCAGUACAGUAUAUGAAGCAAUUCAAGCAACAGUUGCAUGUGUGCAAACAACAUCGAGACUUUGGCUACUUAAAAUGGAAAAUACGGAUAACAGUCUUUUCUUUGAUAUGGCACCCAAAAUAGAUCUUGCUAAAUACGAAAUUAAUAUAAUCGAACUUGGGGGGAUUCAAUCGAAUUAA